AAACAGUGAGCUCAGAGGCUUUGGACUGCGCCCCGGGUCUGACCAAACGGCGCUGCCCCAGACCCUGCUCACUUUCCUUUGCUCUGCGCCCGAUGGAGGGGCGGACACGGCAGCGCUUGAUGCUGUCUAACUAGUGUAGGAAAACGGCUCACUUCCGCGCCGCCGAAAUGAAGUACAAGAAUCUUAUGGCAAGGGCCUUAUAUGACAAUGUCCCAGAGUGUGCUGAGGAAUUGGCCUUUCGCAAGGGAGACAUCCUGACUGUCAUAGAGCAGAACACAGGGGGACUGGAAGGAUGGUGGCUGUGCUCCUUACAUGGUCGGCAAGGCAUUGUCCCAGGUAACCGGGUGAAGCUUCUGAUUGGCCCCGUUCAGGAGACCACCUCCUGUCAUGACCAGCCUACUUCUGGACUGAUGCACCAGACCUUUGGCCAACAGAUGCUCUAUCAAGUGCCAAAUUCACAGUCUGCUUCUCGAGACACCGUAUACCAAGUGCCACCUUCCUACCAAAAUCAGGGAAUUUACCAAGUACCCACUGGCCAUGGUACCCAAGAACAAGAGGUAUAUCAGGUGCCACCAUCAAUGCAGAGAAGCAUCGGGGGAACUAGUGGGCCUCACUUAAGUAAAAAGGUGAUAACCCCAGUGAGGACAGGCCAUGGCUAUGUAUAUGAAUACCCAUCCCGAUACCAAAAGGACGUCUAUGACAUCCCUCCUUCCCAUACGACUCAAGGGGUAUAUGACAUCCCUCCCUCAUCAGUGAAAGGGCCUGUGUUUUCAGUUCCAGUGGGAGAAAUAAAACCUCAAGGGGUGUAUGACAUCCCUCCUACUAAAGGGGUAUAUACCAUUCCACCCUCUACUUGCCGAGAUGAGGCAGCACUUAGGGAAAAAGACUAUGACUUCCCCCCUCCCAUGAAACAAACUGGAAGGCCAGACCUCAGACCCGAGGGGGUUUAUGACAUUCCUCCAACUGGUGCCAAGUCGGUGGGGAAGGACCGUCACAUAAAAUAUAACUGUGACGUUCCAGGAGCUGUGGAACCAGUGGGGAGAAGGCACCAGAGCCUUGCCCUGAACCAUUCACCCCCACAGCUGGGACAGUCGGUGGGCACUCAGAAUGAUGCGUACGACGUCCCCCGAGGAGUUCAGUUUCUUGAACCACCGGCAGAAACCAGUGAGAAAGCAAACCCUGAAGAAAGAGAUGGUGUUUAUGAUGUCCCUCUACAUAACCCACCAGAUGCUAAAGGCUCUCAGGACGUGGUGGAUGGGAUCAACCGACUGUCUUUCUCCAGUACCGGCAGCACCAGGAGCAACAUGUCCACGUCUUCCACCUCUUCCAAGGAGUCCUCAUUAUCAGCCUCUACAGCUCAGGACAAAAGGCUCUUACUGGAUCCAGACACUGCUAUCGAGAGACUUCAGCGGCUCCAGCAGGCCCUGGAGAUGGGUGUCUCCAGCCUAAUAGUGCUGGUCACCACCGACUGGCGAUGUUAUGGAUACAUGGAGAGACAUAUCAAUGAGAUCCGCACUGCGGUGGACAAAGUGGAGCUGUUCCUGAGGGAGUACCUCCAUUUUGCCAAGGGAGCUGUAGCAAAUGCUUCCUGCCUCCCAGAACUCAUCCUCCAUAACAAAAUGAAGCGGGAGCUCCAACGAGUGGAGGACUCCCACCAGAUUCUAAGUCAAACCAGCCAUGACUUAAAUGAGUGCAACUGGUCCCUGAAUAUCCUGGCCAUCAACAAACCCCAGAACAAGUGUGAUGAUCUGGACCGGUUUGUAAUGGUGGCAAAGACAGUGCCUGAUGAUGCCAAGCAGCUCACCACAACUAUCCACACCAAUGCAGAGAUCCUCUUCAGACCAGGCCCCAGCAGCUUGCAUCUAAAGAAUGGGCCCGAGAGCAUCAUGAACUCGACAGAGUAUCCACAUGGUGGCUCCCAGAUGCAGCUGCUGCAUCCUGGUGACCGCAAGGCCCAGGCCCACAACAAGCCACUGCCCCCAAACCUGGGCAAGGACCAAGCCACUGACUGUAGCAGCAGUGAUGGUUCUGAGAGGAGCUGGAUGGAUGACUACGAUUAUGUCCACCUACAGGGUAAGGAGGAGUUUGAGAGGCAACAGAAAGAGCUAUUGGAAAAAGAGAACAUCAUCAAACAGAACAAGAUGCAGCUGGAACAUCAUCAGCUGAGUCAGUUUCAGCUAUUAGAAAAAGAAAUUACAAAGCCUGUGGAGAAUGACAUCUCAAAGUGGAAGCCCUCUCAGAAUCUGCCCACCACAAACAGCAGCGUGGGUGCUCAGGAUCGGCAGUUGCUUUGCUUCUACUAUGACCAAUGUGAGACUCAUUUCAUCUCCCUUCUCAAUGCCAUUGACGCACUCUUUAGCUGUGUCAGCUCAGCCCAGCCUCCGCGAAUCUUUGUGGCACAUAGCAAAUUCGUCAUCCUCAGCGCACACAAACUGGUGUUCAUUGGAGACACGCUGACAAGGCAGGUGGCUGCCCAGGACAUUCGCAACAAAGUGAUGAAUUCCAGCAACCAACUCUGUGAACAGCUCAAGACCAUAGUCAUGGCAACCAAGAUGGCCGCGUUGCAUUACCCCAGCACCCCAGCCCUGCAGGAGAUGGUGCACCAAGUGACAGACUUAUCCAGAAAUGCGCAGCUGUUCAAGCGCUCUUUGCUGGAGAUGGCAACAUUCUGAGAAGAAAAAGAGGAAGAGGGGACUGAACUCAAGGUCACUAAGGAAAACUGGAAAUACUAUCUGGUUUUUGUAAAUGUUAUCUAUUUUUGUAGAUAUUUUAUAUGAAAAUGAAAUAUUUUAACAAAUUAUGGGUUAGACAACUUUCAGAGAUUCAGGGAGCUGGAGAGGGAAAUCUUUUUUUCCCCCUGAGUGGUUCUUAUGUAUACACAUAAGUAUCUAAGACAUAAACUGUACAGAAGUUGCCCAUGUGCUUGUGUUUGCCUGUGUAUUCAUGUGUGUUUGUAGAUGUUUGUCUAAUACAUUCCAUUUAAAAAACAUUAAUUAAGAAGCACCUUA